AUGUGGUUGAUUGAAAAUGGAUAUUUAGGCCUCAGAAAUGGCAUAUUAGAUCAGUCUGCUAUAUUGCUUUCAAGCUAUGGUUGUCUGACUUGUAUGAACUGCAAGACCAAAGAACACAAGCUUAUAAAACCACCAGGGUUGCACAAAAACCAGAAAUCUGGGAAAAAGGAUGCUUACAAAAUACUACUAGCAUUUUCAGGCUUGAAGCAGGCUUUGACAACUAACCCUGGAUAUAAUCACCGCGUUGCAGAAUGUCGAGAGGCUGCAAAAAAUUUGUUGCAUGCUUCUGGGAAUGGACAAGUGGAGCCUCUCCUGUGCAAUGUUGAACCAGAAGCUUAUGAAGCUUACAAGAGCAAGUUGGAUUCCAAUCUAGCUAAAAGAGCUGAACAUUAUUUCUCAGAGAAUAUGCGGGUUAUGAAAGGGCUUGAGGCAUGGGCUUCUGGCAAUUUGGAAGAUUUUGGAAAGCUUAUCUCGGCCUCUGGCCUAAGUUCUAUCAAAAACUAUGAAUGUGGUUGUGAACCACUCAUACAACUGUAUGAGAUCCUUCUGAAGGCUCCUGGUGUAUAUGGAGCACGGUUCAGUGGUGCAGGUUUUCGAGGGUGCUGUCUUGCGUUAGUAGACGCAGAUUAUGCAAUGGAAGCUGCAUCAUUUGUGAAGAAUGAGUAUCGUAACCUCCAACCUGACUUUGCAAGCCAUAUCAACGCAGAAAAAGCAGUUUUGAUAUGCAAUGCAGGCGAUUGUGCACGUGUGACCUGA